AUGGUUUAUUUAUAUUUAUUUAUCACUCGCAACGCAACUACCCUUUCCUUUUCUAGUUAUGUGAAAUUAGGGCACACACUUAUUCUUUGAUUGAUCGAUCGAUCGCUUCCAAUCUUCCAUCCCAUGAGAAGAUGAAGCGAGAUUCUCCUUCAUUAUUCUGAUAUUCAUAUUACUCUCCAAUCCAAUCCAAUCUAAUCCAAUCGUCGGUAACUACUACUAUAGCAGUGUCGAAGCCUCUUCCUCUUCUCCUUCUAGGGUUUACGUAUGUUGGAUCGGACAAAGGUGGUGCUGCGGCACUUGCCGCCUACCCUUUCUCAGGCAUCCCUUGUCGCCCAAAUUGACGCCGCCUUCCUUGGCCGCUACAACUGGCUCUCUUUCUGUCCUGCCAAAUUCAGCCACAAGCAUAUAUCAUAUUCUAGAGCCUACAUUGACUUCAACACCCCAGAGGACGUUAUUGACUUUGCUUACUUCUUCAAUGGACAUGUCUUUCUUAACGAAAAGGGAACUCAGUUCAAACUGAUUGUUGAAUAUGCUCCUUCACAGCGUGUUCCCAGACACUGCUCUAAAAAGGAUGCCCGUGAUGGAACCAUAUAUAAAGAUUCUGAGUAUCUGGAGUUUCUUGAACUAAUUGCCAAGCCUGUUGAGAAUCUUCCUAGUGCCGAGAUACAAUUGGACAAAAGGGAAGCAGAACGAUCUGGUGCUGCAAAAGAUAUUCCUAUAGUUACACCACUGAUGGACUUUGUGCGCCAAAAAAGAGCUGCUAAGGGACAUCAGAGACCAUUCUGUAAUGGAAAAGUGAGUAGAAGAGCUGGCACAUCGGUAAAUGGGAGUCCUAGGUCCGCCUCAUCAAGACGAGGUUCUGGAAAGAAAAGGGUUUCCACCACAAUGUAUGUUGCAAGAGACCCAGGAAAAAGUUCUACAGUUUUAGACAAGCCCACUUAUAUUUUGGUUUCGAGGCAAGGUGAUCAGCAGCUUUCAAAUAAAACUUCGAAUAUGGCUUUGUUAGAUGGAAAUCAAACUUCUGAUGAGAAUGGAGUUGCUGGAAAUAAUGAUAAUGGGAAGAAGAAAGUACUGCUUCUUAAAGGGAAAGAAAGAGAAAUAAUCAAUGUAUCUGAUUUAGAAAGUAUAUCACGGCAUCAAACGAUGAUUGGUUCAACAACUCCGAAACAGAAUCAUCGGCAUGAAGGCAGUGGAAGGAUUAUAAGAAGCAUACUCUCAAAUAAGGAUUUGCAUCAAAGUCAGUCUUCCAGGAUCUCUUCUGAGCAGCAAAUUCAAACAUCUCAUCUAGAGAAAGAAAAACAACCCCGUCGCCCCUUUCCUGUGCAGAUUUUGAAGGGCACCAAUGGGACACCAGAGAAUAGGAUUGGUGUACAUGAUUUGCAUGUUUCAAGUGAGAGGCAGGAGAGACGUGUUAGACAUAAGGAUAGACCUGAUCGUGUUGUUUGGACAAAUCGUUCCAAUGGAGGUGAUGAUUCUUUGUCAUCCUCUGCCUCCUCACAAGUAGAUCCCUUGGAAGGAGGUCAAACAGAGUUAAAAUACAACACACCAAGUGCAAGAAGUGGGGAGGUGAAAUCUCUUGGAAGUGUUCGUACCAGUCAUUCAUCAGAAAAUGGUGUCAAUAAACAUUUUGGUCGUCGUGGACCAACGUAUGGGGUGAAGGAUGUUGAUGGAUAUUCAAUUUCAAGUGAAGGGAAGCAUCCUAGAAAAUCUAUUACCUCUGCUUAUGGUUCCAUUGAGAAACAAGUUUGGGUUCAAAAAGCAAGUUCUGGGACUUAGAAUAUUUAGAUUGUGGUAAGCUUUGCUGACUUACAAGUUACAAUUUUGGAGCAUGCAUUUGCUAGCUGCUGGAUUCUGUCUAAUUUUGGCUGACAGAUUCUUUUGAGUAAACGAGCAUGUGUGGUAAAAAAAAAUUCUUUUAGAAUACAAGUGAGGAAAGUACUGUGAUGCAUUUGAUUUGGCUUAAAUUAUUCAGACAUAACUUCAUUGAAGAUAGCUCCUGCUGGUAAAGUGAGAAAUGAAAACCCUGGUCUGGAGACGUGUGGUACAAGUUGAUGCCUGUUUGAAGAAUUAUGGAUAGCUAUGCAUAUAGUGGCAAGUUGACACAGUUAUCUUCAGUAGCUUUAGUGUAAAUAUAUAUAUCCAGGGUAUCGUGCAUCUAUUUCCUUGGUUCCUAUAUAUAAAACUCUCUAUUUGGUAAGGGGUAUUGGGCAGCUGAUUCUCUCUAUAUAAUGCAUACAUACAAUCCCUUGUUAUUGUCUGCCAAAUACAUGCGGGCGCUUACUUAUUAUCCUGGAUAAUUUUUGGAUUAGCUUUGCUCAACUACGAAGGAACACUUGAUGGAUGACAUUGCAGGCUUGGGUAUACAGUCUUUAGUUAGCGGAGUUUCAUGUAGAGCUCUGAUACCAAUAUGCCAUCGAUGGUGUGUUAAUAAGGAUUAAGAAGAGUCUUGUGGGAGUUAUUACUGUGUGGAUAUUGAUUGUUAAAAAAAAUCAUUGUACAGUAUGGUGUUGCCUAUGUCAGUCUUAUCAGAACAUAGCUGUUACAUUGCUGGGUCUUGAUUAUGUUGUUAAUUUUAUGAAUCACCAAUCUCCCAGCACAAGUGUUGAAUUAUAAAUCCUUGUUAAGAUUAUCAGACA